AUGGCACAGGAAACAAUACGGUUCGCCCCAAUGGAGCGGCCACCGCGGGAGAUGCGAGAGAAGGCACGGGGGCGGGAUGUGUUCUUCUCGACGGCGAGGGUGGAGGACAGGCCGUAUUCGGUAUACACCGAGUUCAUGGAGUCGGAUACCGAGAUUGAGCAAGAGGACGACCAAGAAGACGACUCGGAGGUGUACAGCGAAUUUGGGGAUUUGGAGGGGAUAGAGGAUGGCGAGUGCUCGCCUCGCAUCAGCAUCGGCUCGUCCGGUGGGCAACCCAGUUUCACGACGCUGUCGACACAGGACGAGGUUCAGACACCGAGCUCGCUACGGCACCGGCCGUUUCUGUUCGACCAUGACGCAAAGCAGCAAGUCGAGGGACCUAGGGGACCUCACUUGUUCCGCAGCUCCAUGUCCUCGGCGCAGUCGAUUGAGCUUCAGCAUGCGCUCUCGCUUUCGCCCGUCACGCCGAAGAACCCGCAUCUAAUGGACCUGCACCCCCAACACGUCCAUCUUACUCCCCUUCCUAGAAAGAGACGCGACACUGGCCCUUUCCAGUUCACGGACGAGGAACUCGACACCUCGGCCCUUCCCGACUGGACCCCAGAAAUGGUCGCCCAACAGAUGCUUAACGCUGGCGUUGAGCUCGUCGCCUCGGAAAGAUUCGUCGAGAACGAUAUCAACGGCGCUAUCUUGAUUACAUUGAAGUUUGAGGACCUAAAAGAGCUCGGGAUCGCUUCGUUUGGCGUGAGGACACAGAUCUGGGACGAGAUCCACAAGAUCAGGCAUCUCAAGAAACCGGAGCCGAUGCCGGAGACUCCGAUCGAAGACGAGCCGGAUAAGAAGGUCAAGAGGGAGUUGCGAAGGCAGGAAAGCGGUGCCGGAAGUCGGAGGCAAAAGCCGCGGGUGAAGGUGAACGAUAUCAUCUCUCCGCUGGAAUCGGUGUCGAUUGUGGGCAUCGAGCAGGUCCUACCGAAGCCUCAUACCUGCAAAAAGGGCGAGAACUGCGCCAAGUGGAAGCGGAAUCAGCGGUUGAUGGAAGCUUUCAAGAAGGACCACCCCUUCAUCAACGACAAUGGCAUCAUCAUGGUCGCCGGCGACCCCGGAAACCCGGAAACAGCCGGCGCCAUUGUGGCGAGCGACGACUUCCGUCCCGUGUCGGAUGCUGUGCCGUCGGUGGUCGCUUCGUCGGAUGUCAUGGGCCCGGGCAGCCUCCCUCCCCUUCAGUAUCUCCAGGAGGCGGCGCUACGCAACCUCCAAGCUAGGGACCCCCAAGAAAACGUCCGGCAGUUCCUCGACUUCCAGCGUCCGCAUGCCGGUGCCUCUAGCGAGGUCCCUCCGACGCCGCCCUUUGAGAUUUUCCCUCAGGGUAACCAGAAGGCGGCACACGCAGGGCUCCGAGGCCUUCCAAAGCUUGCUAUCCCUUCUCAGACAACGACUACCGCUCCAAAGCGGGAGCCGCAAUCGGCCCAGGCCCGGUCUGCUCGUCCCGUGUCACAAGUCAUCCCAUCAUUCCGAGAGCUCAGCCCGUCGUCCGACGAGGGUACCCCCACCCCCACGGCGCCGUAUCGGUUCGGCACCCCAUUCUCAAUGAUGGAUGUUCCUGUCACGAUUACGGAGCUUCCUCCCGUCUCGCGGGAUUUAUCCCAAUCAGUCCCGCCAGACAUGAACUACCGCCACAACCCGGCGCCCCGUUCCAUGUCCCGCAACACCAUUCGCCGGCCAUCCUUUCCCGUCAUGCCUGCGCUCGACGAGAACUCGAUCGUAACCCCCCCUACCAAGGCGACCAAUGGUUCCUUCUCUCAGCGUGCCGGCCAGCGCCCGCUCCAAGCCCCUCCCCGUGUUCAAUACCCCUGGUCGCAAACCGAGCGCCCGACCCUCGAGAAGGCCGUUCCGCCCAUGCCCAACUCUGCAACCACCGCUGCGGCCGAUGGCGCCACCACUACCACCGGCACGGUAAAGACGGUCAACAUCAACGGCCGGCUCUCCCCCAUCAGCGACAAGCCGCAGGUCGACAUGACGGGCGGCGGCGCCAUCUCGUACCAGGGGCUGAUGCGCAAGCGCAAGACCAAGAUGCUCCGGCACGAGUGGCACGAGCACUUCUUCACGCUCCGCGGCACGCGCCUGACCAUGCACAACAAGGACGCGGCCGCCGCCGCCGCCGCCACGGCGAGCAUGAACAAGACGCUCGAGUACAUUGACAUCGACGACUACGCCAUCGCGUGCGGCGGCGCCGCCAGCACCUCCAAGCUCAACGCCGCCUUCAAGGCCAUGCACAUCCGCCGCGGCAGCGACGACGCCAAGGCCAAGGACGUCGCCGCCUUCAGCUUCCAGCUCAUCCCCCAGGACGCCAAGGGCGGCGUGCGCCUCCGCAAGCGCGAGAGCGUCGUGCCCGGCAGCGUGUCCUCGUCUGGGCCGGCUGCGGCGGCGGCGGCUGCUGCAGCGGCCAAGGACAAGGAGGUGCCGCCGCCGAUUGAGGGCGCGGCGAACGGGACUGGCAAGACGCAUCAUUUUGCGGUUAAGGGGAGGGAUGAGCGGAUCGAUUGGAUGCGGGAGCUGAUGCUGGCCAAGGCGAAGAAACAGAAGGGGGAGGGGUUUGAGGUGAGUGUUAAUGGGAAUAUGAUUUAG